ACCAUAGAGUGGAUGCAAACUCGUUACGUCUGUACAGGUGGUACUACUCCAGGAUACGGCAAUGGGGGCUGGGCCUGACUAUUGCGGUCGUCUUGAUGCUGGCUUUCAUCGAGAGGCCCUCGUCCUUCUCCUACACAUCAGACCCUCGCUUCAGACCUCCCCCCUGGGAGCCCCCCUGUGGCCUGACAGAGGGCAUAGAGAUAGUCUGUCUCGUCAUCUUUGCCAUUGACUUUGCUACCAAGAGCUACUUGAUUGGUUGGGAGGAGUUUCUGAAGUGCAAGUGGUUGAUUGUCUACAUCUUUGCCGUCUCUGCGUCUGUAAUUGAUUGGGCGUUGACGUUGAGCAUGUAUUGUGAUCAGAACUUGCGAGUUAGGAGACUCAUUCGGCCCUUCUUCCUCCUUCAAAACUCCUCCCUGAUGAAGAAAACCUUGAAGUGCAUCAAGCGGACCCUCCCAGAGAUAGCCAGUGUUAUCCUGCUCCUGGCCCUCCACCUCUGCCUCUUCACCAUGAUUGGCAUGCUGCUCUUUGCUAAAGGAGAGAACCCUAAGCAAAAUGGGGAGUGGGAGGCCUACUUCAGAGACUUGCCCACGUCUCUCUCCUCUCUCUUGGUGCUCCUCACUUCAGCCAAUAACCCCGAUGUGAUGAUUCCGGCCUAUUCCUUAAACCGAGGAUACUCCGUCUUCUUCAUUCUCUUCAGUGGUUUCGGAACCUACUUCUUGAUGAACUUGCUCACUGCCAUCUUUUACAACCAGUUCAGGGGAUACCUGCUGAUGUCUGUCCAGACGUCCAUCUUAAGGAGGAGACUGGGCGUCAGAGCUGCCUUUGAGGUCAUGUCCUGCCAGGGGCGGGGUCAGGACGCUACACACUCAGAGGAGCAUGUAGAGCGUGUGCGGGUGGAUGCCUCUUUGCAGGUCAUGGCGAGGGUACAGAUGAAGUCCUACUACAGACAAGCCAUCAUCAAGAGAGUGCAGCAGUUGUCUGAUGGCUUUAUCCAGUGGGAGGCCUUCCGGAGGCUUUUUGACGAGCUGGACAAGGACCACAUCAAAGAGCACCCUCCGAAGCCAGAGUACAACUCCUCACUCCUCCAGGGGCUUCAGUUGCUUUUCAGCCACUACUAUGUUACGGUAGUGGGCAACACCGUGGCCCUGGCCAAUGUCAUGUGCAUCUGUACCAUACUGGUGCUUGACUCCGAGAAGUCCAUUGCAGACCGGGAUGACUACUACAUGGAAGUUAUUAACUGCUUCUUUAUUAUAUACUACCUGAUGGAGAUGAGUCUAAAGAUAUUAGCCUUUGGGUGGAGAGGCUACUUGUCAUACAGAAACAAUAGAUUUGAUGGACUUCUCACAGUUUGCCUUCUGGUCCUUCAGGUCACCAUUUUUGCCACCUACAGGCUUCCGUUUCCUAAAUGGAUCCCAGCGUCGCGUGGCCUGAUGUCUCUGUGGGAGAUGGUGCGUCUGGUCAACAUGCUCAUCGUCGUCCGUUCCCUCCGAAUCAUUCCUGAUAUCAAGCUGAUGGCCCUCAUAGCGAGUACUUUGGUUGACCUGGUGAAAAACCUCCGAGCUUUUGCAGGAAUACUAGUGGUGGUGUUCUAUGUGUUUGCUGUCCUUGGCAUCUGGCUGUUCCAGGGAGCCAUCACAGCUCCAGGGCAGAUGAGUGUGAUGUCCAAUUCCAGUAUGAAGAACAUCUCCGUGGAGUGUGGUUCCUACGAGCAGCUGGGCUACUGGCCAAACAACUUUGACGACUUUGCUUCUUCCCUCGUCCUCCUUUACAACGUCAUGGUGGUGAAUAACUGGCAGGUGUUCAUGGAUGCCUACACCAGAUACACCACAGAGUGGUCCAAGGUCUACUUUGUCUCCUGGUGGCUUACCUCCUCUGUCAUGUGGGUCAACUUGUUUGUGGCUUUCAUCUUGGAGAACUUCAUCUAUAAGUGGGACCGGAGUGUCAUGUGUUCAGUGGAGGACGUUGAGGGAACAGGUUAUGAGACUACCGUCCAGCUCAUGUUCAGAGAACAAAUUCAGGAGCCUACAGAGGAGGAACUGGUCACCCAACUCCACCAGCACCCUCACCUGCACCUCAGCUGAUGACCCUAUGUCCGACCAGGCCAAUCCAAAAUAAACAGGGCCUUUACUGGCUAUCACGUAUGUCUGUGUGAAUGGCAGGGACUCAAAAGCACGAGAGACUAUAUUGUUAGGGCUCAAUUCUCAAUUCUGAUUAGUCCUAUGUUGUCACAUUUUGUAUGUUUUUUGCACUCAAACCACUGGACAACUGCGCCACUCGGGAGCUCCCGUUAUUACUUUUGUUUGAUGGCAAUCGCUGUAUGCCAUCAAACAAAACAAAAUACACCACUGUUAAUUAUUUAAGGGAGUAAAAAGGGGGAAAGGACUAGUUUUUAUCCGUAUAUUUGUCAUGAAAGCGGUUUCUUUUGCUUACCUGCCUUGCAAUGUAAAUAGGAUCUUGCCUUUAGCUAAAUAAAGAAAUACGGGUUUUA